AUGUUCUGCUUUACUGCCCUUCCGUCCAACAGACAUCGUGUCUGUGAUGAAUGGAGACAUACCAAAGAAAGCAUGACUGUGAUUUCUCGGCGGCGAUGGCACUAUUUAAGCUCGAAGAACUGGAGCAUCAUUGUGUCACAAUGGACUAAUUGGAAAAGGAGAAGUUUAUUGAGCAAAGGAUUCUGGAGAGAAGUAUAUAAGACCGGGUGGAAGGGACGGAAGGUAGCAGCAAAAUGGGACAAGGAGAUUUACAUGAAUCGAAUGGACAUUAGUACUCGUCAUGUGGAGGAAUGCGCGUCUAUUUUUCCAAUAUGCAACCAACUUAAUAUCGUAAAAUUGGUGGGCUGGUGCAAAACAACGGCGAUUAUAAAAUACAUCCCCCACCAGCUUGACAUGCUAGUGUUUGAGUCGAAAGAACCAAUUUCGGUUCGUCGUGCUCUGGAGCUACCGCGUGAUGCUUCGCGAGGUGUCGCCCAGUUGCACGAUGCUCCAAAAGCCCCCUUUGCGCACACCGAUCUGCAAGUGCGCCAGUUUCUGGUCGAUACCGAUGGCACGUGGAAGCUGAACGACUUUAAUCGCGUAAAGGACGCGGGACUGCGCUUGGUGGACGGUGUACCAAGUGGUGAAAAAUUGGCUGACGAGAUUGAACGUAUUUUGGCGAGCUAUAGAGAUAGCAGAUAG